GUAACACGCCUUAUCCUGAUCUUCAUCCCGUAAUACAUAAAGCAUGUUUGGUCCGUUUAGAUCCUCUCUCCCAAGUUUUGGUGGGUUAUUGUGGAAGUCUGCCUAUAGAAUGUCUCGUCACCAGAAGUAUCGCCUUCGUCGCAGAAUGAAGGUGGUGGACAAGAAUAUUGAUGUCUUGUACCUGGGUUUGAUCAAGACCGGGCGCAUUACCCCAGGCGAAGCUAAAGACUUGAAUGACACCGCUAAAUUGAACGCCGAAGUCACGAACAUGUCCUUAUUGAACCCUGUCAAUGCCAUGCACGAGCCAGCGGUGCCAGCUACCUCCAUUAUCCCAAAGGCCAUUAUGGAGUUGAAAUGGAAGUUCCCUAAGGAGCACGAAAUGGACCCAAAGGACAAAUACACCCACUACUCUAAGUACGCUAAGAAUUACAGAAAGUCUCUCCAUAAGUUCCCUAAGUGGACUAAGCUUUCUCUCAGAGAAAAUCCAAAGGGUUUCUAAGCGUGGGGAGCGUUGGGGGGUUAGUGCGACGAGAUGAUUGUCAAAUUUGUAUAUAUAUCUAAUAACAAUUCGAAAAACAGCCAUGACGGGGGUAGCGGUGAAAGGAAGAGAAGGACAGAAAUUUGGAAGGUGAGGUUUGCGUAGAAACUUGGGGGUUAAAACCAACUGCUCGAUGAUCGGUUGAGGUAUGCCAGUUUUUACGAAAUUAUAGGUUUAAGUAGGCCAAAAUUGGAUAAAAAUUGAGUUUACUUAAGUGCCGUUCUCUCGAUUCUCUCUCAAAUCUUUACCGUUUCGCCUCCAGUUUUUCCUUCCCACGUUCAUCAAUUGAAGCGCUUGACUGG